UCAAAGCCUAUAAUCCACCAGCAGUGUCGGCAAAUCAACUGUUAUAAUUGGUGAGCGACCAAGAUUUGCCACAUUUCACGGAUACCUUGAGGCUGCACGUGAUUUGAUCUACCUUUGCAGUUAUUAGAUAUACUAUUAGCUAGCAAUAAUAGAAGUCAUGAACAGAAAAAUAUUAACAGCUUUUCACUUAAAACGUUUGCAUAAAAGCAAAUACGUUCGGUGUUUUUGUUUAGAUUGUGAGAAGCAGGUGGGAGACAUGAUUAGUCCAUUGUGUUUUGAUGUUUUGAAAUUGGGGAGAGUUAACGGAAUCUUUUGACUCUUUCAUAAAAAAUAAGAAUUUUGCGAGAGCUUUUUUACGUCCACUGGCACUAUUCAUAACUUGGUCUUGCUACUCUGAGGACUCGCUGCUAAUGGCCUUUCCGACAGCUGUGCUAAUUCUCUUGUGUUUUUCAACUCUGGCAAGAGGAACCUGGAAAUAUGGAGAUAGUGAUGUUAUUCAUGGAGUUUAUGGACCCGAUGCAUGGGGAAAUGUUGCAAGUUCAUGCCGUCUGGCCGACCAAUCACCAAUCAAUAUUGCAACCAAGACGGUAGAGUCUGAUUCAUCUCUGGGAGAGCUGGACAUCACGUGUGACAAUGAAGAAGGAUUGUUCAAUGGAAUACUGCUGAAUAAUGGAUAUGAGCCAAUCCUAACAGCGGAUUAUAAGAGAGGCACCUGUAACUUAACUGGUGUCCCUGUGAUUAAUAAGAACUUUCAGCUGCAUGAUUUAAACAUCCACUUUGGAUGUGAGGCUGAUCGAGGAUCUGAGCACACUAUUGAUGGGAAAAGUUUCCCAGCAGAGUUGCAAUUGAUGUUUUACAACACAGAAUAUGGGUUUUAUGACAAUGCAGCCUCAAAAAAGGAUGGCUUGGCGGCCAUUUCAGUAUUGUUGAAGGUAGGGAAGACUGAAAACAAUGCACUUGAUAGCAUUGUUGAUCAACUGGAUGACGUUGCCGUGGAAGGAUCCAGCAUCCCUGUUUAUACACCGGCUGACAAUUUGACCUUGGCCAACCUUGUUCCGGACCUUGCUAAAGAGCAUGCGCCUUACUACACUUACAUGGGCUCACUAACGACUCCUCCCUGCUACGAAACCGUGAAAUGGAUUGUCAUGAAGAACCCAGUAACCAUCACUAAACAUCAGCUUGAAGCGUUCAAGAAACUCACGUCAGGACAAGGUUCUGAAUGUGACAAUUUCCGGCCGACUAAACCAGUGAAUGGUAGAAAGGUGGAAGCAAAUUUCUGAUUCAGGGAGACUCAUUGCAUAGGUCAGCAUAUGCAAGAAAGUGUUGUAAAGAAAAAUUCACGACUUAUGUCUUUGUAAUGUCUUAGAAGAUUCCAUGGUCACAUCCAAAUUAAUCGACGAUAAAUUAAAGGAGCGGCCGGGUAAACUUUUAAAAGCGGUUCUGUCGCAGUGCUUGUUUUAUGCAGUUCAAAACUGAAAAAUUUAGUCGGUCUGCAUUUGACUUCAUCUAAAUGUCUCGAUAUGAUCAGGUCAUACGGUAUUAUGAGAGAAGAAACUGAGGUUUUUCGUCAUCUACUUAACGUUAAAACGAAUAAAUUGAAGUGGGAUUCUUGAAAGGAAAUAUUAACUUGGAUAAUUAAGAUAUAUGUUAAGAGAUGAAAUGUUGAUGUCAAACAUCCGAUUACGAUGCACGUUAAUUUACAUUAAAAGUUUCAAAUGAGCGUUAUAAUUAUCAGUGUAAAUUAAAACAUUCAGUCUCGCUGUC